AAACAAUAUUCGGGUAUGGAUAUUUUUCCAACAAUCACUAUUUCGCAUAUGGGAUUUGGGGAUGUGUAUCUAAUCCUGAAGUCAUUUUUUUAUAGAUUAAUGACGAAAUGUAGUGCGUAAUUGCUGGUGAAAAUCCGGCAAUAUCUUACUCCCGCGACCUUAUAAAAUAAGCGAGAGCGCCAAGCUGAAAGAAUAUUAUCUUUUUUUUUUCCGAAACAUUAUGUCCCGAAAAAACAUUAACAUGGAAAACCAAGAGAGCUCCGCUAAUAUAGGAGUCGAAAGCCCGAAUACUCCUGAUGAUAACAAUAUGGAGGAGCACCCAGAGGAAUCAGAUACAGAAGGUCCAUUUGAUGUGGAAAAUAUCACUGCUGACGAUAUUUACAAAGUACAACUGAGGCGUAACAGAUCCCUUAAAUCCCUUGCGUUGAGUAUACUAAAAUAUCUCCCAAAAGAUAUUCUUUGUGAAGAACCAGACUUUUCAUCUAUUAAAUCAAAUGAUUUUAUCCAGGAUUAUGAAGAGUGUCAAGAAUGUGAUAAGCCUAUUUUAUCAGAAGACCCACCUAAAUCGCUCGUUUUAAAUGUUUGUGGCGAUAUGAUCCAUCAGACUUGUGCGGGAAACCCUGAUAAGAGGGGAGUAUUAUUGUGCCCAUGUGGCGUGAGUGAUGAUAGAGAUCCGUCAUUGCUUUCAGAAGAAGAAAUAAAUGUGGACGGGAACGAAGAAUCAGCUCGGCCAGAGGAAACCAACUCAACUUCCAACAGUGGAAGGAAGAAACGGGCUAAUGAAGAUACGGAUUCUUCAGCUAGUCAGAAAUCUAAGAAACAUGUUCAACCGGAAGUCUCUAACAUUUUAAAAAAGCUUAUCCAGGAGUUAUCUUCCGACACUACUCGCCUUUCAGAAAUUAAAGAAAAGAGAGCACUUUAUAGAGAAGCUGUACGUGAAGUUGAGAGUGAUCAAACCCUUUUUGACCUAUAUUGAAAAAUAUCCAGGAGAGGAGUGAAAAGGCGCGUAAUGAAGUGAUCUUUGCAUACUACUACUUUGGGGAGGAGUUAGAGAAACAUCUCGCUCAUUAUAGGAAAACUAACGAAGAACAUGAAGCAAAAAAGAAGCUCUAUGAUGCGGUUAAAGAUCAGCUUCCUAAAGAGGUUACAAAAAGUGCUGUCCGAAAGAAAGCAAACAGGGCCGGGAAGGUUUAUGAUCUUUUUUUU